AUGGAGGUACGAAUCCAACGCUCUACCGUCAUUGCAACUUCACCACCCACCACAGAGGCGUUGGAGCUCCCUCUCACAAUUUUCGAUCGCGUCGCCCCCGGCCGGCAAGUUGCUAUUGUUUUCGCCUUUUCCGCUCCGGCUCCAUCAAACUCUGAGCUCAUAAAAUCCCUAUCGAGAACACUCCUCCUCCACUUCCCACGGCUCACCGCCUGCCUUGGCGGCGACCCUCACAACCCAUGCGUCAUUCUCGGUGGCAGUGAAGGCGGAGCUCUACUGGUGGAAGCCACAGUGGACUCCAAUUUGGAUGACUACAUGCCGCUCCAACCAUCACCAGAGCUUGCCCGCCUCCACCCUAACACCACUAGUGCUUCCCAUCUCCUCCAGGUUCAGCUCAAUCGGUUUCGAUGCGGCGGCCUCAUUGUCGGCAUCACCGCUCAUCAUCGAGUCGCCGACGGCCAUUCAAUGGGCACCUUCUUUGUUGCUUGGAGCAAGAUCACCCGUGGCAUUCCACUAGACCCAAUCCCUAACUAUGAUCUAUCAUGGCUCAAACCACGUUUUCCUCCAAAAAUUGAAUUUGAACACUGGGGAGCAGAUUUCAUCCCUCCAAAACACUGCAAUAAUACUUUCUUAUUAAGUCAAUCAUUUGUUGAGCCUCAUUCAACAUCCAAUAUUUUGAUUCACUACUCCUAUGAAUUCAUAAAUUCAAAGCUGAAAGCAGGGGUGAAAGAAAAGUUCACAACUUUUGAAGUUUUGCUUGGCCAUAUCUGGAGGAAAAUCACAAUAGCAAGAGCAGUUGGGAAAGGGGAGACUACUAUGAUAAGAGUUCCUGUGAACGGCAGGCGGAGGCUACGGCCGCCUGUGUCGAAUGAGUUCAUCGGAAACCUUGUACUCGACGCAUAUCCGAUGUCAAAAGCAGGGGAGUUGAUCAAUGGAGGAGUGGAGACGGCUGCGGCGAUUAUACGGGAGACGGUUCGGAGGAUCGACAACCGUUAUUUCCAGUCGUUCAUAGACUUUGGGGAGAUGAAUAAGGAGGAGAACCUUGUGCCAGUUUAUGACUUGUGUGGAAACUUACUUUUUCCUAACCUGGAGGCUGAUAGCUGGUUAGGACUUCAGUUUGAAGACAUAGAUUUUGGCGGAGGAGGAUCCCUGUGUGCUUUUUUGCCUACUUGGCUGACUACGGAUGGAUUGGUCAUAUUUCUUCCGAGAUUAUGUGAGAAUGGGGGAGUGGAUGUUUUCGUUGCUUUGCUUCAGGAACAUGCCCAGAUCCUCAAGAAUAUAUCUCACGAUAUGUUGAUUUUGUCCAUAUAUAGCAGCAGCGGACGGACUGAUUCUUAUUUGGCAAAUCAGAAUGAUUUAGUUAAAGAGACAACCGGUGAUCCGCCUUGCGACGACAGCCGGCGGUGUCAUCUUGAUAUCAGAGCCGGCAAAAUGCCGCCGCGGAGGAACCGCCAGCGUCCAGUACAUGACACGGUGGUUGAAGACUUGCAAAGGGAGAUUCAAAGGUUGCAACAAGAAUUAAAUCGACGAGAUGAACAAGAGGUGGAGGGACGAAAGCAAGAAGAAGAAGAGAACGUCAAUCCAUUCCACCAAGAAGCAUCAAGCGAUGAAGAAGUUCGUCCGCGAAGAUGGGAACAGGAUAGGCUUCGAGGACGUAUAGACAGUGGAAUAUUUAGGCCAUUUAAGGCACCAAGAAGCACCAAGAAGCAUCAAGCGAUGAAGAAGUUCGUCCGCGAACACUUAAUUCAAUUAAUUUCACCUUUUCAGAAAUUUCAUGAAACAGAACCAGACAAUAAGUUAAUAAAUGCUUCAUCUGAGUUUUCCAUUUCAUUUUUCUUCAAGAUGUCGAAAAUGGUGACGGUGGUGAACUCUUGCUUGGAUAUAUGGGUGGUAAGCUGGAAUAGGCCGCCGUUGUACGAGGUGGACUUUGGGUGGGGCACGCCGGAGUUCAUGGGACCCGCGAGCCUCAUCUGCCCGCGACAGUUCCUGAUUUUGUCAAACCCCGACGGCGGCGUCAAGGUUAGUUGUUCCAUGGAGAUGGAGAAGCUGGAUUCCUUUGUCAAGUUGUUCCAUGAGUUGCUUCCAGUCAAUGUGUAA